GUUCAUCGCCAACCAGACAAACCGCGGCUGUGACCACAUUUCCCACAGAUGGGUUGCUCCAGCUCAAAAGUAAGCCACGAAAGGGAUGAGAACAGGGUCCCGCGGCCAGCCCCGGGACCUGUAACGCUACCGGAAGUGGUGUGGGCAACACUUAAGCCAUGGCGAGAUUCUCUCGAAAAAAGCACAAACCCGGGAGAAAAGGCAGAAGAUACUAGCGAAGCAGCACAGUUUCAGCGUGCGCGCGAAUGGUUGGCGCACGAAUUCCCAGAGUGUCACAGGAGUGGCAUGAUGGAGGAAAUAGGGCAAAACAUCGUUCGGUAUGGUGCCUGUCGAUACCACGGCAAGGACUUUGUUUUCCUGGACGGCAACCACACCGGAGUGGUCGUCGCAACCACACUUGUGCUUGGACUGCCAGCAAAGCAGGGCCAGGAUGGCGCAAGGACAGUCGCCAUGUUUGAGUCGCCAGAGAUGGAAGCGGCGAAGAAGACGUUGCUUACCACGAUGGCGAGGAUGGAACAGCUGGACGUAGAGAUGACACAUGCCGUCGCGCAGGUUGUCAGUGGCGACCAUAUGGUACAGUGCAAAUUCAAGCUAAGGUAUCAAGAACCCACCGUCAGACCUGUUCCUGAAGGAGUGACGGCUGAGAUCAACGCUCUUAAUGCCAAAAUGUGCAAGAUGAUCAAGAAAGACAAGAGCGCUGAAGUGGUGCGGGGUAUUUUCGUUCAGGCAAAUUUCAGAAUUGCGGUCGAGUUCUUGAAAGGCGCACAUGGAGGUUGCACUGUUUUGGAUGGCGGCAAGUUGCCAUUCAAAGUCGAUGGCAAGCCGUAUCCAGAGCCUGCCCGACUCCUGGUCGUGCGACAGUUUGUCGACUCAGAAUCAGAAAAGGAAGUUGAAGCAACCCUAUAUAAAGUACUGGCACAUAAGACAGAAGCUUCAGACCAGUCAGUGACCUUUCUGGGAGGGAAGCAGUCUGAUGAGACCUGGAAUGGUGUUGUCCAUGUGGAAAUUAUAAGUUAG